AGCACAUUAAACGGUUAGAUGAACAUUUUAGAAAUGUAACUUUCUGCUUUGCAUAGAUUUCAGCCAGGACCUGCGCACUUCUGGAGGAAAACAGCCACCUGACCCCUCCUCCCGCGGAAACCUCGCUGGCUUCUAAUUGGCUGAGUGAGCAGCGGAGACUCAGUUUGAGGCUCUUGGUGCCGUCUCGUCUGUUAACCGCUUUUAAUGCUGCAGGAAGUUUUUAAAAGCAGGUGGUCAAUUGUCCAUCCCAACAACAUUAGGUACAAAGCAAGAACCCGUCCUGAAUGGGGCACCAGUCCAUCUCAAGCCAGUGAUGCUUUUUUAGAUUGAGCUAACAAUUUUAUAUUACUGAAGCAACAAGAAACAGCACAAUGUCUAAAUUUCAUUUAUUUAAAGGUUUUAUCCUGUUUUAUAUCCUCUUGUCAGUCGGUACCAUCCUGGUAUCUGCACAAGUCAUGAAUACGACAACCACUUUGCCAACAGCAACAAGUAUCCAAGGGACAGAUGUUACAAGUGUAAGUACGGCCACUACUGCAAAAGUAAAUUCCACAUUAAUGAUGGAUAACUAUACAACAAGCAAUACCACAAGUGGUAUACCAUCCACACCUACAACAACAACGACAAUCCCUCCUGGGCUGAUAACAUGCCGGACAUUUAACUGCACUGGAUAUAACUGCUUUACUAACUUUACUACUCUUGCCGGUACUCUGUGCCCCACUAACAACUCAUACUGUGAGUUUAUUCGGCAGAACAAUGCCAGCUACACAGCUGGCUGUAGCAAGACUUGUGCCGGGACAACCAACAUCUGCAGGAACUCUUCACAGAAUGCUUGUACUAUGGAGUGUUGUGCCACGCCCCGCUGUUUAUUUCUGAAUGGAACCACCCAGGAGACACCUGCUUUGACAACAGCAGCCACUCAAGCCACAACUACCAUAAAGCCAACCACCAUUGCAACAAAUGGAAAGAUGUGUCAUGUAUUCACAUGUACUGGAGAAACAUGCUACAAAGGACAAACGCCUUCUCAAUCUUGCGCAGUUGGGUAUAACUACUGUGAAUUGAAAAAGAAAGGUACUGGCACCACCACUAUCUGGAGCGCUGCUUGCAGUAAUUCAUGUCAAAGUAUUACAACUGGCUGCACAUCUUCAUCAACUGAUUGCCUCCAAGAAUGUUGUACCUCAGUUGCAACAACCUCUUGUCUCAAAUUGGAUGGAACCGUAAAUAUUAAGAGUGGUGUGGAUUCCAUUAAUAUGAUGUCGCUUCUUAAGAUUUUAUUAUUUGCAAUGGUGAUUUUGGUUUUCAAUAAUUACUCACUAUUCAUUUAAACUUUUUCCAAUGUUACUUAAACAAUGUCUCAAUAUUAUAAAAGAUGCACACCAAACACACCUAAUAGAAAAGUGUAGUAUAUUUUUAUAUUAUUUUAAAAAAGGUGUCUGCUUAAUUUUCUUGAUUUAAAUGUUCUAAAAAUCUGUAAUAUAAAGUAUACACUGUAAAUAUGGGCUAGACUGACUUACAUAUAUUUUCUAAACAAGGGGCUGUAUUUUAAUUUCAGUUAACUCUUGUAUAUUGUAAAAAUACAUAGAGGACUCGAGUCUCCCUAAUCAGAGUAAGUCAAAUUUCAGAAUGGCCGAGAACUGUAAUUGUUUGCAAAUGUAACAAAAGCAUCAAUAAAUGUGUCAUCAUUCUGUGAAAUGCCUACUGUGUACAGCAUUACUAUAUCUAAAAUAAUUGCAGUUCCAAUUGAAAAUUUGUGAAAAAACAGACUUUUGUAUAUUCCUUCUGCAGCACAUACACUAAAAGAGAGUAAAAAUAUCUUUAAUAUUUGGUGUGUAAAAAUUAUUACACAAAACAGCUAGUUUUAAAGAAACUGUGCUUUUGUUUAGCUUUUUGUUUUUCUCUACUGAAGGUGUAAGGAGAAUUUUAUUUUUCUGUUACACAUCUUUUUGCAUGAUCAGGGUGUUUACAAAGGGACUUUCAAGUCAACUACAGACAGAUUAACUGGAAGAUACCAUAUAAUGGCUGCAUCAAUGUGUAUAUUGCUGAUAUAUAAAGAAUAAUUACACCAGGAUUUCAUUGGUUUUGCCAUUCUAAUUUCUCUUAGGAAACUAUUAAUAAGAAUGAUCAGCACACUGGAAUUGUUUGAAGUUAAAUUUAGCGGCUCGUAAAUGAUAGUUUUACACACUAAGUCAAUUAAAGUCUUCUCCUUGUAGUUACCUAAGCUAAGAAUAUUAUAAGGACAGAAUGUGGUGAUUUCUAAAAGCCUUGCUUCUAGAUUUGACUGUUCAUGCAGAGUUAUGUAUUGUCAAACCAACCAUGUGAAGCACUUGAUAGAGAAAGUAAGUGUUCUACAGUGAGACAGCAUUUAUGUAUCUUAAUUGUCUUAAGCUUUUGUAUUAAGUAGAAAAUUUAUAUCAAAGAAAAUGACAUGCAGCUUAAUUUAAAACAUCUGCAUUGUGUUAGAUAAACUACAUAAAACUGACAUGCAAAUAGAGUUCAAGGUGUUUUACAAACCAUGGAAUGCACUUUCAAGUUUCCGCAGAAUAGAAUAGUAUCCUUGUUAUAUACCAAGAGAAAAUCUUUCACUUUAUAUUUACCAUUCUGCCAUUUAUGAUUUUUUUUUUCUUAUCAGUGAUAACUAAUGUUUUUACUAAAUAAUCUGGAUUUCAUGUUUAAUCCUCAGACUGUAUUCUUUUUUUGGAAACUGUAUCACUAUUCAUUCAAUAUGUCACUCCUUACUGCAAUAUGUAUUGCCUUGAUCAAAACCUAUACAUUAAACUAUGCUCUGAAUA